AUGUUCCCCCAGCGCCAGAUGCUGCGCGCCGCCGCCCAGCUGCGCAACCCGGCCGUCCGCUCCGCCGUCCAGCGCCGCUUCGCCUCGACCGAGAACGCCUUCAUCAAGGAGCGCCAGGCCGUCAAGGAGCACGCCCAGGCCACCACUGAGCUCUGGCGCAAGAUCUCCAUCUACGGCGUCGCCCCCUUCCUCAUCCUGGCCGGCGUCAACGCCUACAACCUCUGGAACGAGCACUGGGAGCACUGGUCGCACAUGCCCCCGUUGGAGGAGCGCGUCGAGUACCCCUACCAGAACAUCCGCACCAAGAACUUCCCCUGGGGCAACGGCGACCAGACCCUGUUCUGGAACGAGUCGGUCAACUACCACAACAAGGACAAGACCACCUAA